UUGAAAAAUGGUGGAUCUUUCCCAAUGGAGAGCCUGCAUUGGCCUAUGGAAUAGCUGUAAGACUGCUGCUUGUAGGUCAACUCAAUUUUGCCAUCCAAAUUUCUGUAAAACUGUGGGUAGAGACAAGACCAGCAGUGUUAUAUCUUUGUAUCUGAUUGUCGCUUUGGUCUACCUUAGUAAUAUAGCAUCUUUACUUUUUCCAGGCAUUAUUACUAGUUGUUCCUCUGCAUGCUUUCGUUUUGUCUUGGCUGGAGGAUGUGCUUCCAUUUUAGUUUGUAUUUUUCUGUAUUUCAUUGUCCGUCGGCUACUUCUGUUCUUGUCAGGAGAUAUUGAACUCAAUCCUGGUCCUAUAACAGGUGACCCUGAGAAAAUAUUAAGGUUGUGCUCUGACAAACUUGUUAAUGCAAUUUCUACAACGCUUCAUAAAGCAACAAUUAGGCUGUAUGCUAAAAACCUAAUACCACGGGAAACCAAAGAAGAGGUGUUUUUAUCAUCAUUUACACCUUGUAAUAGAGCCUAUCUACUUGUGAAUGUCCUUGAACAACAGUUGGAGGCCUCUCUGGAUUCACACCAGUAUCUAUUUGAUGUAUUUCACACAUUCAGGAACCAAAGAAAUCGGGCACUAACAGAUCUAGUCAAUUCUAUCUUUG